AUGGCCUCCUCACAACGUCGAAAGUCGGAUCUCAAAAUAGAUACUGCCAUCGUAACCGAACGUGAACGGAAACCCUACACAAUGACGGCGGUGGCUCGUGAUACGGAUCGUAUUGCGACGCAGAUCACGAAAGAGAAAGAAACGAAAGCAGUACCUGAACCAGUGAAGAAACCGUUCUGCCACAAGCCAGGUAUCUGUUGGGUAUGCGACCGAUACGGAUUUCAUUUCGAUCCUAAGGAUCCUCCUAGUAGUCUCGACCCGAAGAAGGUGGCAGAAAAACCGAAUACGUCUGCACCUCAAGCAACAUCGCAACCUUCCAAAACUGCUGCACCAAAAGUGAAGACAGAAGAGCCAACCAGGCCACCAUCACGACGAUUGUCGUCAAUUAAAACUCGACCCACAAGCAUGUACGUUGGUGGUACACCUGUGCAGGCACCCUUUCCUGGAUACGCCCCCAUGCACCAUGCCUGGCCAGUGUCGACUCCCACUACCGCCUAUCCCGGCGUCGCAUUUGCGCCCUACCCUUCAUACGUUGUGCCUAGCACUCCGAUAGGCUAUAUGCCCACGCAACAAAUCUAUUACGAACAACCUCCCGUAUUUGAAGAGCCUCCACAACCGCCUGCCACCCUGUCACGUCGCCUAAGUACGGCACCUCAAGAAAGACCACCAUUGAUCAAGAAACCAUCACGGACAAGCACACUUCAGGUUGUCGAGAGACCUAUCUCGCGCGAAAGACCACAAAUCGUAUCCAGAGACUCAAAACGGAGUGUAGAUAUGGACCGAAUGGCUAUGCCGCCGCCACCGAAACCGCAACCAUCCACAACCGUCACUACAACAAGACCACGGCCAGGCAGGUCGAACACGUAUCACUCCAAUGUGUCAGCUCAUCGGCGAUCGGUGCAGUAUGAAUAUAGCGAGUCGGAAGAUGAUGACGAGGAAGAAGAAGUGCAUCUCAUGGAUCCUGGGGCAAUGAUAACGUACAAGAAACCUCCCGCAUCUCCUCGGCGACCUCCCUCUGCAUACCGGCGACCGACCCUGGAAGGUAUGUCUGACAGACCUCAGCUUGCACCAAAGUCCAAGUCAUACCAUGAUGGUGGAAAGACUGUUUAUGUGGCGACCGCAACCCGGGAGGGACUUAUGCCACGUCGUCGCACCACUGAUUCUGCGCCAACCAUGUCAGCAGCUGAGCAAAAAGAAGUUGACGCAGAAGCCUACAUGCGCAAGCGGGGUAGUAUGCCACUGACCGACCUUACUGCUGAGAAUUUGAAGACUCUCAAGAAUGUGGUACCUCGUCACGUCAGCGACCAAAGUGCUCUUGGUCACACAAAGGGCACCAGUAUGAGUAUCAAUAUCAAUGGGCUCAACCUCAAUAUUACUGAUGAUGGUCAUGGAAAUACCGAAGCACCACCGGUGAAGCUCGAUCUAGGCGGUAUUCAAAUCAGCAUGAACAACCGUGACAAGGAGAAUAUCGAUCUGAGGCCCAAAACUGGCCAUCUUCAGCGUGCACCAAGCAUGUCAUCGCGAACACCGUCACGUCGUAGUUUGACUCAGGGUAGCGCCAGCCUUGUUUCUGCUGCAACAAGCGGUCAAAGGCGUGAGAAGGAGGAAUUGCUUGCUCUCGAAGCUGAAGAGCAAGGUCGCGAAUACGUUAGGCGAGAAAGCUACGUUGACGAUGAUGAAAGGCAAACUUUACGAACCCUGGGCAAGCAGAGUUCACGGCAGGCCAGUCGCAAUGGAAGUCUUGCGAGACAACCCGGUGAAGAGAUGUCUGCCAGACCGAAAAGCAAUCGAGCGAGUGUGGAUUACUCUCAACUACGGAGGGACGAUGGUAUUAUGUGA